UAUCUUCAAAGAACUCACAAUCUAGUAGAUGAAGUGGGCAAAUAGUUACUUUUGAUAACUAUAGUAAAUAGUCCUAUACGGUAAAUUCAAGGCUCUGGGUAGAAUGGAAGAAGGAGCCAUACCUUAGCCUGGGCUGGUUCCUCAGGGCUGAUCUUAAGAACCACUGGCAUCAGAAUCAGCACGAAUUUUACCCAUUUUACAGCGAAGAAGCUAUGGCCCAGUGAGGAGCAGUGAUUUGCCAACCACCACACAGCCACUUAGGAGCAAAGCCUAAUUCCACCAACACCCAACGCUCAGCCUUGCGUUUAGAUCAGCCUGAGGCUGGGCGAGCUGAAGCCAAGUGAGAGGCACUCGGUCUCCGGUCCAGGAAGCAGGCGCUGCAGGGGACGGAAGGGUCGGAGCCCACAGCCGGCCGGCCGGCCGUGUGGGGCCAAGUAGCUCUGGGCGGAGGCGCCCGAAACCAGCCUGGGGAGAAAUGCAGACAGAAGCUGAGCCCUAGAAAAGUCACAUGCCCUACGUCACACAAGUAACAGCUGAACCAAGACAGCAUUUCCUUCACUCUCUGGGACUUUCCCAGCUCCCAAAGUCAAUACUGAGACCCCAGAUGUGUCAAGAGACACCCUGAAGAGGCUGAGGGGCUGAAGAGCCCUCAGGAAAAUUCAGAGGCACCCACAGGGAGAUUCCUGAAACUGACUCCAAGCCAGAGGAUUUACCUGUUAUUUGAGCGGCCUCCUUGCUCCCACUCCGGAUCUCUGUUGCUAUGGAGACCACCAACGGGACUGAGACCUGGUAUGAGAGCCUGCACGCAGUGCUGAAGGCUCUAAACGCCACUCUUCACAGCAACUUGCUCUGCCGGCCAGGGUCAGACAACCUGACUGGGGAGCGGCGGGCCAGCCUACCUGGCCGUGAUGACAACUCCUACAUGUACAUUCUCUUUGUCAUGUUUCUAUUUGCUGCCACCGUGGGCAGCCUCAUCCUGGGAUAUACCCGCUCCCGCAAAGUGGACAAACGCAGUGACCCCUAUCAUGUGUAUAUCAAGAACCGUGUGUCUAUGAUCUGAUGCUAGGGGCCUGGGAAUGGCCGAACAUCAAGACACUGGAACUCAGUUAUGGACCACAUCAGGCCUCAGUGUCCCCAUCUGUAAGAUUAACAAGAAAUAGUCCUAAGGGAGGUCAUCAAUACAGUGGGAGGAGAGGGGCUGGCAGACCUGGGCCUUGUUGGUAAAGAUUUUGUUUUCCAGUAAAGAUAGACUUUAUAAACAGUGGGAGCCCCAUGAACAAAUAUAUAGAAGUUGCAAAAGAUAAUAACCAAUGAUUCGUCCAGUGGCUGGGGGUUGGGGCCUAGAGGCUGGAGGAAGGAGAAAAGGAAGUUGUAACAGAGGGAAAUGAAACAGGAAGAUGCACUGAGGACACAUUUUUUGAUGUGUUAUCUUCAACAGCCAUGAAAAGCAGCAGAGAUUCUCCCAUAUCACCGUAAGAAUCUGAGUAAUAUGACUUAUUUAUGUUUGUUCACAUUUUUUAUGUGUUCUAAGAUAUUUAACAUUUGUGAUUUUACCCCCUAUGAGGGAAGCAAAGUAAGUAUGAUUCUAGCCAUUUGGGCCAGAGCAGGGCUAUAAACUAGGACCUAGGAAUUCUGGUUUCCUUGCCUACUGCUUUUCAAAACUGGGCCACCAUACAGAAUAGGAUCCAGGCCUGAAACUUCUAUGAUUCUGGGGGCCCUCCUUAAGAAAAAGAAUUAAAAAAUAUCCUGCUUUUGCAAAUAUUACAAAAAACAUAUUGCCAUGCUAAUACAUUACUAGGACCCCUUCUAAAGUCCUAAGAAGCCAUGCAAAUGUGGACCCCUGAAUAUUGAGGCCUUUUAGCUCCAGCCAUGUCACAGUGUCCUUCCCAGCCACAUCUCCAAUCAUUACCUCUAACACAGCCUCUUCUGAUUUGAUGAGAUUCUAUGAGAAAUUUUCUGAUACCAAAUUGAAAUCUGCUUCUUGAAGAUUAUUAUUACACCUAGAGGAUUAUCAAAUUAAAAGAAGGAGAGUAUGUAGGGAUCCCUGGGUGGCUCAGCAGUUUAGUGCCUGCCUUCGGCCCGGGGCAUGAUCCUGGAGUCCUGGGAUCGAGUCCCACGUCAAGCUCCCUGCAUGGAGGCUGCUUCUCUCUGUCUCUCAUGAAUAAAUAAAUAAAAUCUUUAAAAAAAAAAAAAAAGCCUCAGUGUGGCUGAGCUGCUUAAAAGAAGAGUAUGCAAGGUAGGUACCUGAUUCAGUAGAAGGAUUCUGGUACAUGAACUGGCGGGUUACUUCUCUGUCUGAUACUUUUCUCUCUUUGGCACAAUAGAAUAGUAAGACCUCAAAGUCUGUAAGGGCUCUGCCAGUUCUGACAUUCUGGGUUUCACAUACACUAGGUUAAAUAAUAAAUUGUGUUUGUAGGUCAAAAGCAGCUGAAUAUCAGUGGUUUUCAUAUGGUCCAGUCAAAUAUGUGCAAUGUGGCAAGUGAAUACCUUACAAGCUACAAAUCCCAGGUUGGAACCUCCCACUGUUCUGUUUGAUUCUAUUUAAGGGAUCAACAUGGGGUUUCCAGAAGGCCCUAUUGAAACAUACAUAUUUGUAUAUAGCAGAAACUCUGAAAGAAUACUUUAAUAGCAGUUAUCUUUGAAGAGAAGGAUUGUGGGUGAUUUUCCUUUUUUACUUAAAAAAUUUAUGUAAUAUUUUAUUUACUUGACCAUAAGUAUAUUGCUUGUAUAAUGGGCAGGAGGGGGCUGCUUCCACUUUGAAAAAGUAAAAAUAAAGGCCUGUGUGUUUCUUAAA